AUGUCAAACCAAUUAUGUCUGUCCAGUGAUGACCACGGCUUUAGUCCUCUGCAUUGGUCAGCGUUCGCGGGCCGGGGAGGUCUGGUGGACAUGUUGAUCGCGAAGGGCGCCCGUAUUAACGCCACAAACAUGGGGGACGACACCUGCCUCCACUUGGCCUCAGCGCAGGGACACAAGGAUGUGGUCCACCAACUGCUCAGACAUAAGGCUGACAUAAACGCCGUGAACGAACACGGAAACACUGCCCUCCACUACGCCUGCUUCUGGGGCUACCAAAGCAUUGCUGAAGAACUCAUCACUUCCGGAGCUUUGGUUAAUAUAAGCAACAAAUACGGCGAAACCCCGUUAGACAAGUGCAGGGGUCAGAUGCAACAGCGCCUCCACGAGUUGGCCGCCGAGUUGGGUCAGGACGUGACCAAAAAGAUCCCCUAUAAGGACCAGUCCUGGUUGGGCACAAAGUCCCGUUCCCGUGACGCCACGCUAUCCCGGUAUUCAGGGCUCACUCUCCAAGAGCUUCAUCUCCAGCACAAGAUA